AUGGAAGAAACCGGAAUUGUAAUUGAUUCACUUGGAAACACCUCAAUUGAAAUCCCUACCAAUGCAACUCCAACCCCGCAACAAAAAGUAAACGACUACUUUACAAAUCGAAGGGAAUUUAACUCUCUCCCAAAACUGUAUAAUGGCCAGCAGUUCGAUCCCUACAGAAUUUUUGCGACCUAUGCUAAAUCAAAUAAUUUUUGUGUCAAUAUUCCUAUAACACUAAUAAGACUAAGUACAACUGGGCAGCCUUAUUCGCUUCAAAGCAAUAAAUAUGGUGCUAUAACUUCUAAACUUUGUACAGAUACUGAAUUUUUUAAUAUAUUUUGCUUUAUAAAAUUUAAUCAAAUAAUCUUAAGAUAUUUUUUAAUUUAAUUAAAAAUUAAUUACAGUAUAUACAGAUAAUUUCUCAGAAUAAGUUCAAUAAAUAUAUAAUUAAUACAAAAAAUGAUAAUGAAAGCCCAAUAUACUGCUACAAAACUUUAGGCAACGAAACUAUCUUUCUCUAUUCUAGAGAAAGCGCUGAAUCUCUUUGGAAUUCAAAUAACGACACUACAGCCCGAAUCCAGCAUUUUAUUCAGUCCAGAUCUAAACCAUCCUCAAUUAUCCGGGUCCAUUGGCGAGCUGGCAUGAAAAGCAAAUUUUUCCUUAUUUCAAACAGAGUAAAAUACAGUUUUAAACAGAGAGAAAUGACUGUCAAAAAACCUCACCCAAUGGCUUUAGCAUCCAUAAAAAAAAGAAGCCUCACCAUGGGCGGCAAAUUUAGAUAUACAGACAUGAUUUUCAGAACAUCGAAAUCAAUAAAUAACCCUUUCAAAGUCAACGAAGCUUUAGAAAAGCAAAAACCGAAAAUUGAGCAUUUUGAGUCCCAAAAAUUUUUAAUGCACCCAGAAUUUUAUGGAGAAAAAAGCAUAUGUGAAGAAUCGUCUGUUAUUAGUGUUGCCAGUAAUGCUAAUAAUCCUAUUGUAAAUCCUAGAGAAAUAGAUAGCGUAACUGUAAUUGAGGACACAAUGAAAGUUGCCGAUGUCGAAAUUAUGGUUAAUAGAGUCACGAAAUUUUUAUGUGAAAAUAUGUAUAGCUUAUAUCCCUUUAUAGAUUUUUUUAUCGAGCAAAAUGUACUGGAUUAUUGAACGACCAAGAGAAACUCUAUUAAAGGAACGAGCUGGAUAUCUAUAUCAGGAAGUGCUAAAAAGUGACAUGUCAAAAAAUGGUGACAAGUCUGAAAAAAGUUGACAAGUAAACGCGCCAAUUUUUAAAGUGGAUUUAUUAUUAAAAUAAUUUAAAACUUAAGAUACCCAAUUAGACAGAAGAUAUAAUUACACAUUAUAUAUUGGCUUUAAAUAUUUUGAUAUAUAUAUAUAUAUUUAAAUUUAAAAUUUAAAUUUAAUAAUAGUUGUAAAAAUCAAAAACUUGCAACUCGAUGUGCAUUUUUCCGGCUCGAUGGAAUUUCUUUAUUUUAUGCUAAUUUAUAUAUGAAGAUUAGAGCUAUAAUUUGCAAAGUGCGUGGCUUGUGAUUCUCAAUAUAUAAGAAGUUCUUAUCGACUCAUAUGAGAAGUACUUAGCGAAAAUUCAAUAUGGCUUAUAAGUGAAAAUCAAAAAACUUGCAACUCAAUGUGCAUUUUUCCGGCUCGAUAGAAUUUCUUUAUUUUAUGCUAAUUUAUUUAUGAAGACUAGAGCUAUAAUUUGCAAAGUGCGUGGCUUGUGAUUCUCAAUAUAUAAAAAGUUCUUAUCGACUCAUAUGAGAAGUAUUUAGCAAAAUUUCAAUAUGGCUUAUAAGUGAAAAUCAAAAACUUGCAACUCGAUGUGCAUUUUUCCGGCUCGAUAGAAUUUCUUUAUUUUAUGCUAAUUUAUUUAUGAAGACUAGAGUUAUAAUUUGCAAAGUGCGUGGCUUGUGAUUCUCAAUAUAUAAGAAGUUCUUAUCGACUCAUAUGAGAAGUACUUACUCCCCCCCCCCCCCCUCCGUGAGCGAACAAAAAAAUUUUGUUCGCUCACGGAGGGGGGUUAAUUUUUUUUUUUAAAAAAAAUUUAUAUAUAAAUUUUAUAAAAAAUAUUUUUUUCGAAAUUUAAAAAAAUCCUAAUUUGCAAAAAUUGGGAAGCAAAUAUUAAUUUAAUUUGCAAAAUUUAUGUUUUAAAACGCAAUUUGUUUAAAAUUAAACAGAAUUAGCUCUAGAUUUCAUUAUACUAAUUAUCACUUAUAUAUCAAAAUUUUUUCCAUUAAAAUUUUUUCUAUUAAAAAAAUUUUUUGUUCACUCACGGAGGGUGGGUUUUUGGUCAAAAAAUGGCGAUUUUUCUAAUGGUUUUGUUCGCUCACGGAGGGGGGGGGGGAGUUAGCAUAAUUAAUAAUUGAUUAAAAUUAAAAUAUCUUAAUUUUUAAAUUAUUUUAAUAAUAAAUCCAUUUUAAAAUGGCGCGUUUACUUGUCAACUUUUUUUAGACUUGUCACCAUUUUUUGACAUGUCACUUUUUAGCACUUCCUGAUAUAGAUAUCUAGCCCGUUCCCUUAAUAGAGUCUCUCUUGGUCGUUCAAUAAUCCAGUACAUUUUGCUCGAUAAAAAAAUCUAUAAAGGGGUAUGAGCUAUAUAGAAAUGGAGAGCUUAGUGAAAUCCUGCUUGAUUUUAUAUGUGAUAAAGAUAAAAAAUGGGUGUUUUUAGACUGUAAAGAAAUCAUUUUGCAGCAAAAAAUGCUACCUGAAUUGAAAGCUGUAAAAAGAGGGGAUUUAGCAAUGAAAUCGAUGCAGAGGCGGUCAAUUUCUUAUAUGGAAUUAGCGAAACUUAAAGAUUCAGGGAGAAAUUUUAACUUGAAUAUACAAAUUAAUAGCAUCCCUGACUCACAAAAUAAAUGCCCUUACCUGAUAAGCUCCCCACAAAAUAACAUAAAAAGACCUUCUCGAAUGAGUUUAACCCCAAGCGAUAUGCAAAAAUGUCCAUUUAAUUUAAAUUCUCCUUCAAGUGAUUCUCAAAAAUCACCAGAAUCUGAUUUUUUUGAAAGGUGGAACAUAGCUUCUCAAAAAAUUGACCAUGCUGUCAACCUAAAACCGUCAUCAAUUGCAAGAUUUGCUGAUAUAGAAGAACAAAGUAUAAAGGCCUAUCAAGCCAGACAUAAUCCUAAGAGCGAGUCUAUUUGUGAAAUCAUUGACAAUAACCCAAUAGAAGAAGACAAAACUGAGCCGGAAAUACCGAUUUUAAUCCAUAAUACUUCAAAUUCAUUAUGGGACGAUAAAUAUAACGAUCACAUCAAUAAAUGCUUUACAGAGGUAAUUGAUAAAAUUGAUGAAAUGAACAUGAACACUGAACUUUUAAAAGUCAAAAGCAGAAAUUUAGUUCAGUCUUAUGGAGGAGAUGUGUUUUGAAGCCAAUUUAUAUCCUCAUUGUAUAGAAAAAUCACAGUUUGUGGCCCAUUGACAAAAUUUUUCAAACAUUAUAACUUGCAGACGAUAUUUAACGGGAUGUUUAAAUUAUUUAAUGGAUGUGCAACCCUCGAUUUCAGAAGAAGAAUAAAAACAACCCAUGAAUCUAUGGGAAUAACUGAAAAAGAGUUUAAUAUGUAUACUGAGAUUUUUGAAAGCACUCUCUGUGAGCAUGGUAUAAAAGAAGAAGACAGAAAUAUAAUAAUGACUCAAAUCAGGUCUAUGAAAUGGCUGAUUUGCAGAGGGAAAAAUAACGGAAGACUCUUAUAA